UCUGAGUCAAUAAAAAGAAUCCAUAGACGUGUCCUGGGCGGUCGCCAUUUUGAUUCAUUUACAGCUGUAACAGUCAGGGCAAAACGUCUAAUAAUGGACCCGAGUACCAGUGCACAGGGCGUGAGUCGAUGUGAAAUGUGUGUGACUGCUAUGGUACAGGUGCACUGUGAUACAUGUCUUGUUAAUCUCUGUAAGACCUGUGUGGGAGAACACAUAAUAUCUGAAGAAACCAAGGAUCACAAAGUCAGGAAAUUCACCCCCUUCCAUCCUGGAUGCAUCUCUCAUAUCCAAGAAAGAUGCGAAAUGUACUGUAAUCAAUGUGACAUUCCUAUCUGCAAAACUUGCAUAGCAUUUGAUCAACAUAUUGGUCAUAAAUCUUCGACAAUUUUGGAAAUUCUGGAUGAAAAAAAGAACAAAAUAAUUCAAGAACAAAAUGAAUUAAAAGAAACAGUUUUUCCCACCUACCAGGACAUUGCCUCUGAUGUACAAAACAGAAUGAGUCAGUUAGAAAAGGAAUAUGAAGAUAUCUCAAAAACCAUAACAGAACAUGGAGAGGACUGGCAUAGAAAUAUUGACAAACUUGUCAAGAAACUUAAAGCUGAAGUUGAUGAAAUGAAAAAUACACAGUUACAAACUCUACAGAAACAUCUGGAUGAAAUAAAGCAGACAUUUUCCAACAUGGAGAAUGACAUUGAAUCAGUCAAUAUUAUCGUAAAAUCUAAUGACUUUUCAAAACUGGUAGGUGUUCAAAUUGAUGUAGACAGAUACAAAAAGCUUCCACACAAAAUCGUGCCAUCUUUACCAAAAUUCAUGCCAGGAAAAAUUCAAGGAGAAGAACUUAGUAAAAAUUUCGGGGCUCUAUCAUCAAUGUCUUUAACUUUUGAUAAACAUGGCUACAGCAUGAAGACAACACAGAAAUCACCAGAAGCUGGAUCCUCUCCUCCAGUCAAACAGCUGCUUGAUGAACCAGAGACUGUCACUACCAUUGAUACUGAUUAUAUACUGCUUAACGAUGUUGCCUGUCAGAGUGAUGAAGAAAUCUGGACAAGUGGAGAUGACAGCACCAUGAAACUCUACAGCAUCAUUCAGGGAUCACUUCUCAAAUCAAUCACAACCAAGUCAGGGAACAAACCAUUUGAUAUAGAGGUGACCAAAAGUGGAGAUCUAAUUUAUACUGAUUACGGUCAGAUUGAUACAACUGUGAACAUUGUGAAGAAGGAGAAGAUAGAAGAGGUAAUCAGACUCCAACAGAACUGGAAGCCUGAUGGUGUCUGUAGUACCUCCUCUGGUGACAUCCUGCUUAUCCAGCGCAGUGAUGAUGGCAAUCAAACAAAAGUUGUCCGUUACUCUGGCUCCACAGAGAAACAAACCAUUCAGUUUGAUGAUGAGGGCAAACCUCUUUACUCUCUUGGUUUUUGUAUAUUUCCUAAGUGUAUAACUGAGAACAGGAACCUGGAUAUCUGUGUGUCUGAUCAGGGAGCUAAAGCAGUAGUGGUGGUCAAUCAGGCCGGGAAACUGAGAUUCAGGUACACUGGACAUACUCCUGCUCCAAAGAACCAAUGGUUCGAUCCGGUAGGAAUCACUUCAGAUAGUCAAUGUCACAUCCUCACAGCUGAUAUGUACAAUGACUGUGUCCACAUCAUAGACCAGGAUGGACAGUUCCUCCGAUAUAUACAGUGUGGACUGAGUCAACCCAAACCACUGUGUACAGAUACAAACGACAAUCUGUUCGUUGUACAAUAUAGUACCACACAAGUGAAGAAAAUCAAGUAUCUGCAAUAAAACCAUUCCUGAUCUGUAUAUUUCUAGUAUUAUGAUGAAAGAUUAAACGAUCCACCUAAAAAACGAAUCUACAUUCCUGAAAUGUUGACCAAACUGCCUGGUAUUCAGUACUCGAGCUAUUUAUGUUAUUAUGUAUUACGUAGUUUAUUUUUUCUGUCACAAAAAUUAGUCGUCGCCUGACAAGCUGCUUGUAAAAAUUGUUGCAAAUAAAGGGGCCCGUGUUAGCUCUGCUUCUACUUUGUAUUGUUUUAUGGACUUUUUGAGUUUGAAUACUGUUCGUUAUAUCCAUAUAUCUAUUGUUUACCGUACUUGUCCAAGUUGAGAAAGACCCCAACUUCAUAUAAAGGUUUGCUGUCAGAAAUCACACUGCGUAAUGUGAAUGAUGUAACAAAAUAUCAAAGUAGUGUCUUAUCACAAUGACAAAAGGAACAUCAGGGGUGAGGCAAAGCUCUCGGUUUUCC